AUGAAAAAACAAAAGAUAUUAUUCAUCGUUAAACACAGAGAGAACUCAUCAUCUCCAUCAUCAUCAGGACCUUCAACAUCAAAAAAAAAAAAUUUACCAACAUCGCCAAGUAAUUUAAAUCGUAAAGCAAAAAAUAAUUCACGUAGACAAAUACGUAUUGAAACAACGAGACUAUUGCGCCGACGUGAAACAAUUGAAAGCUCAUCUUCAUUACAAAAACAAAGACAACAAUAUGAACAAGAUUUGACCUUGGAUGCAAAUGAACUUGGUGGUAAUAAAUCAUCACUUGGUAAAGUCAAAAUACCACGUCCAGCAAAUGCAUUUAUGAUAUUUGCUAAUAAAUGGAGAAAAAAAUUAGCUGCUGAAAAUCCAAAGGAAUCAAACAAGGACAUAAGUGUCAGGCUCGGCAUGCUCUGGAAAAGUAUGGAUAAAAAUGAAAAAGAAAAUUAUUUUUCGCUUGCACGUGAGGUGGAUGCUGAACACAAAAGAAAAUACCCAGAUUAUGUAUAUAAUCCAAAAGAAGCAAGAAUACGAAAAGCAAUGCGUGAACAAAGUCGUGAUUUAUCAAGGCAAUCAGUAUUGCCAACGUCGUCAUCAGUGUCAUCAUCAACUGGUAAUAAUUCAUCAAGCAAUAUUGCUACUUCAGGUCCUGUUACAAAUAAUUAUUUAAAUCAUCCAAUACCAUGUGCAUCACCAGCAUCAACAGGACAAGUUUCAUCAUCAUCAUACAACAACAAUAGAAAUCCAUGGUUUCAAAUUGGACACAAUUCAUCAGCCAAUCAUAUGAAACCAUCAAUUAUUUCACACCGGGUAAUGCCAACACAUCAACAACGUAUAUUUGAUAAAUUUUCAUCAUCAACAAAUUCAUGUUAUACUGGUGAUUAUACAAUUGGUACAACAACACAAUCAUCAAGUGUUGGUAGUGGUGAAUCAUCAAGUACAACAAACGGUAGUGUUAUUGUUGGUGGAUCAAGUGGUGGAGGUGGUGGCCUCGAGAGCAACGAUUAUUGUGGCAUUGGUGAAUUUACUGAGGGACAAAAGUGGCAUCCUUACCAGAAUGGACCAACGUCUUAUCAUCCACGUAUGGGAGCAAUGAGUAAAUUACCAGGUCGUCAUGGAAUGACUACAACUACUCCCCAUUCUCACAAUCCUUGGAGUCAAUUUUGUGGACUCCCACUGUCAUCGAUAGCUGCGCAGAACGGUGUUAUUCGUGGACCCAGGCACAUGCUAUUCCUUCAGGAUCAGCAGGAACGUCGAUGCAAUUUUCCUGAUGAUAUUUCCAUGCCAUAUAUGAAUAAUAAAAUGGACAUUGGACAUCAGUUGCCAAAUUAUUCACAGGCAAAUUAUCAGCAAGAUAAUGAAAAAAGAAAUGAAGAUUCAUUAAAAUGGGAAAAUGAAAAUAAUGACAAUGAAUUGCGUGAUAAGAAUGACCUAUUAGAAAAAGAAAAAUUAAAAAAAAAAGAUGAUAUAAAAGUUUACAAUGAUAAUAAUAAUGAUGUUAAAAAAAUAAAAUUACCAUUAAAAUCAUCAUUGCCAUCAAAGCAACCAUUGCCAGGCUUUCACCAAGCAUUUGGAUCAACUGAAAUUGGAAGAUUUUCAAGAUCCGAAUAUUUUGCAAAUAUGGUUGGUGAUAAUGGAUUGAUGAAUAGUGAAUUCCUAUCUCCUUCCAUGUUCCCAUAUUCCCCGACGGAUAAUUUACGUGGAAAUUAUGGAGUACCAUCGGCAAAUGAAGACAUCAUCAUGCCAAGUGAUUGUUAUUGGAUUGGUCCAUCAAUUGGUUUUCCAAUGGCAAAUAUGAAUCCUGAUCAUUCGAAAUAUAUGAAUUUUUUGGAUUUAUCACACCGUUUAAAUCGCGAUUGGAUUCAUCCUGGACCUAUAAUUCCUCAUCAUCAAGAUUAUCCACCAAGACCUCAAUUUUUUUAUCACGAAAAUAUCAAUGAUCCUGAACCAAUUCCUUCAACAUCAAAACUUCAACAUUUCACUAAUUUCACAAACAAAAAUACAACAGCCAAAUCAUCGAUCAAUAUUGAAAAAAAAAUUGAUCAACACGAAAAAAAACCUGAAGUAAAUGAACCAAUUAAAAAAGAAGUUAAUCAUGAUGAAAAAAAGAAAGAAAAAGAUAAUUCAAUUGAUCAAAACACCUCAUAAAUAACUCAAUACAAAUUAUUAAUAAUUUUUUUUUGUUUUUUCCAAUUUUCAUUUCAAUAUUGUU